AUGAGGAAUUCACGUCCGCAGGAGAUGAUGGAAGAUUUCUACAUUCCCGUUCCCAUAGACACCGAUAACAUCUCAGCUCUGAGCCCAUUUUUGGUUCCUCAGGACCACCUGGGAAGCCCUUUCAUAUUCAGUGCUAUGGCUGUAUUCAUGUUCUUUCUUUUUAUUGGUGGGACUACAAUAAAUGUCCUCACUAUUGUCUGCACCGUUAAAUACAAGAAGCUGAGAUCUCAUCUCAAUUACAUUCUUGUGAACCUCGCGAUCGCCAACCUGUUGGUAUCAACUGUUGGCUCCUUCACUGCUUUCUACUCUUUUUCGCAAAGGUAUUUCAUUUUUGGACCAGUAGCAUGUAUAGUUGAGGGACUCCUCGCAACUCUUGGAGGUAUGGUGAGCUUAUGGUCUCUCUCUGUGGUGGCUUUUGAGCGGUACCUUGUUAUUUGCAAACCUAUUAGCAACUUCGCUUUCAAGGGAACCCAUGCAUUAAUUGGGUGUGCAGUCACUUGGGUCUUUGCAUUAGGUGCUGCUCUUCCUCCGCUCUUUGGCUGGAGUCGUUACAUUCCAGAAGGUUUGCAGUGCUCUUGCUCUCCUGACUGGUACACAUCAAACAACAAAUACAACAAUGAGUCAUACGUCAUGUACCUCUUCUGCUUCUGCUUUGGCGUCCCUUUUACAGUCAUUUUGUUCUGCUACGGUCAGCUGUUGUUCACACUAAAAUCAGCAGCUAAAGCCCAGGCAGAUUCAGCCUCUACUCAGAAAGCUGAGAGGGAAGUGACCAAGAUGGUGGUGAUUAUGGUGUUUGGUUUCCUGGUAUGUUGGAUGCCAUACGCAUCAUUUGCCUUGUGGGUUGUGACUCAUCGUGGGGAACCCUUUGAUCUGAGAUUGGCAACCCUACCUUCCUGUUUCUCCAAAGCCUCCACUGUGUACAACCCUGUCAUCUAUGUCCUCAUGAACAAACAGUUCCGGUCAUGUAUGAUGAAGCUUGUCUUCUGUGGGAAGAGUCCGUUUGGGGAGGAUGAAGAGGCAUCAUCUGCAUCUCAAGUCACCCAGGUCUCCUCUGUUGGACCCGCAAGCUAAUCAAAUUGA